AUGGGUUCCAGUUUGGGAGCUAGGAACACUCUGGAGAUCUUGCUGGGGGAAUUGUCCAAGGACUUCUUGACUCGCCCCCUAACACGGAAUGAAGCCUGUCUUGUUCUACUACGUGUGGCCGUCUUUGGCGCCAGCACCUACUUCGGUAUAAAGUGGGUCUCGGAUGCCCUAGACCCUGCCCAGAAGCAACGAAUGCAGUUGAAGAAAAGAGCAGAAGACCUGAUGAAGCAGAUUGGAAUAGAAAAGCUGAAGCUGACGGAGCACGAGAUGAACAUUGUUGCUCAUUUGGUGGUUCCCAGGGACAUAAAGGUCACUUGGAACGAUGUUGCAGGCUUAGACGAGCUGGUCAGUGAACUUCGAGACGCCGUAAUCUUACCUUUGCAACAGACACGCUUGUUCGAGCACUCCAAGCUCUGCCAGCCCCCAAAAGGUGUCUUACUGUAUGGACCUCCAGGAUGUGGCAAGACUCUUCUUGCCAAAGCCAUGGCCCAAGCAUCCAACUGCAGGUUCAUCAACCUUCAAGCACCCACCUUGAUGGACAAAUGGUAUGGAGAAUCACAGAAACUUACAGCAGCCGUUUUUUCUCUGGCCAUCAAAAUCCAACCCUGCAUAAUUUUCAUCGAUGAAAUAGAUGCCUUUCUUAGGAACCGUUCCAGAACUGACCAUGAAGCCACAGCUAUGAUGAAAGCAGAAUUCAUGAGCCUUUGGGAUGGGCUGCAGACAGCGUCUGACUGCCAGGUGAUGGUGCUGGGAGCCACCAACAGGCCUCAAGAUGUGGAUCCAGCCAUCCUGAGAAGAAUGCCAACCGCUUUUCAUAUUGCACUUCCUGUGAGUAGACCUGACUUCUCUUCCCACAAACCUUGUUCCCCAUCCAUCCACACUGUUGGAUGGUAAGGCCUCACAUCCAAUAUGGACUUUGCAAGAUCCAGCCAGUCAAACCGUUAGGUUCUUUGGGGAAAAUGAACCUGGAAUCAGAAAGUUUUUGGCAGGGAGGCCUAGAUGCCACUCCCAAAAAAUAAUUGCCGAAUCAGAGAAAACAACGUAUAGAACAUUUCAUAUUUAAAUGCCUCCAGCACAGAUAAGAAAGUAGGAAAAAGAGACAGCCAGGUUAGUGCAGUGGUGGCUUAGGCAACGAAGCCAGCUGGCUGACUUGACCCAGUCCUUCUGUCUCAGUCCCAGGUAGGGGGCAACAAUGGCAAACCACUUCGGAAAUAUUGAUA